AUGUCAAUUGACGAAGUCUUAACAACUGCAGUUUCAACAAUCAACCAAUUAACAAAAUACGAAAACAAGUGGAAUCUAAAAGUGAAGGUUCUUCGAAGAGGAUCAAUUACCACAUAUAGCAAUAACAAAGGCACUAGAGAAAUUUGGAAAGUCAUUUUAGUUGAUGAGGAGGGUACAAGAAUACAAGCGUUGAUGUUUAGCAAUGUAGUCACCAAAUUCAGUAACCUUUUUAUCAAAGAUAAGACAUACUUUGUUUCCAACGGUAUAGUAAAGCCUGUAAACCCAAAAUACACAAGUGCUCACAAGGACAUCAAAUUGGCACUAACAAUCUUAACUGAAGUCAAGAAAACAUAA